UCAUUUCGAAAAUUGUGGUCGAUCGUGCGAUGUUGUUUUCAUUUUCCACUUGUCGGUUUCUGUUGUAUUUCGUGUUUCCGCUGCGGUUCUGAAAGCACUUUCCGAGUGUUAAUUUCAGCGGGCGGUACCUAAUUGGCAGUGUGAAAUCAAUUCCAUUGCAAUUGCCGCAAAAGUGUGUAAAAAUAAUACAAGUUAAAUGUGUUAACAGUUAUUCGUGGGAAAAAAAGACGCCGGUUUUUCCUCGCACAUCGGUAAAAUCAACAAGCAAUCUCCCUGUCUCUCUCUUUCGCACCGUAAUCCAAUUGAGGUUUGAGGGUCGCUUUCGCCCCCCACCCUCUAUCUACCUCGCCCGCUCGCACCGCCCCCGCAAUGCCGUUACUCCAGCUAUCGCCUCUCAUCGCACUCCUGCUACUGCUGUCCUGCAGUGUGAGCGAGACGGCUGCGGACUACGAAAACACCUGGAACUUCUACUAUGAGCGUCCUUGUUGCACUGGAAACGAUCAGGGCAACAACAACUACGGGAAGCACGGCGCAGAUCAUGUAAGGGAGUUCAACUGCGGAAAGCUGUAUUAUCGCACAUUCCAUAUGAACGAGGAUCGGGAUACACUCUAUGUGGGAGCUAUGGAUCGUGUAUUCCGUGUGAACCUGCAGAACAUCUCCUCGUCCAAUUGUAAUCGCGAUGUGAUCAACUUGGAGCCCACACGCGAUGAUGUGGUUAGCUGUGUUUCCAAAGGAAAAAGUCAGAUCUUCGAUUGCAAGAACCAUGUGCGUGUCAUCCAGUCAAUGGAGCAGGGCGAUAGGCUCUAUGUGUGCGGCACCAACGCCCACAAUCCCAAGGAUUAUGUUAUCUAUGCGAAUCUGACUCACCUGCCGCGCUCGGAAUAUGUGAUUGGCGUGGGCCUGGGCAUUGCCAAGUGCCCCUACGAUCCCCUCGACAACUCCACAGCGAUUUAUGUGGAGGACGGCAAUCCGGGUGGCUUGCCCGGCCUGUACUCUGGCACCAAUGCCGAGUUCACCAAGGCGGACACGGUUAUUUUCCGCACUGAUCUGUAUAAUACUUCGGCUAAACGGUUGGAGUAUAAAUUCAAGAGGACCCUGAAAUACGACUCCAAGUGGUUGGACAAACCAAACUUCGUAGGAUCCUUCGACAUUGGGGAGUACGUGUACUUCUUCUUCCGUGAGACUGCCGUGGAAUAUAUCAAUUGUGGCAAGGCCGUCUAUUCCCGUAUUGCCCGUGUUUGCAAGAAGGAUGUGGGUGGAAAGAACCUGCUGGCCCACAACUGGGCCACCUACCUGAAGGCCCGGCUCAACUGCAGCAUCUCCGGCGAGUUCCCGUUCUACUUCAACGAGAUCCAAUCGGUCUACCAGCUGCCCUCCGAUAAGAGCAGAUUCUUCGCCACAUUCACGACGAGCACUAAUGGCCUGAUUGGAUCUGCCGUAUGCAGUUUCCACAUUAACGAGAUUCAGGCUGCCUUCAAUGGUAAAUUCAAGGAGCAAUCUUCAUCGAAUUCCGCAUGGCUGCCGGUGCUUAACUCCCGGGUCCCGGAACCACGGCCGGGUACAUGUGUCAACGAUACAUCAAACCUUCCCGAUACCGUCCUGAAUUUCAUCAGAUCCCAUCCACUUAUGGACAAAGCCGUAAAUCACGAGCACAACAAUCCAGUCUAUUAUAAGAGGGAUUUGGUCUUCACCAAGCUCGUCGUUGACAAAAUCCGCAUUGACAUCCUCAAUCAGGAAUACAUUGUGUACUAUGUGGGCACCAAUCUGGGUCGCAUUUACAAAAUCGUGCAGUACUACCGCAACGGCGAGUCGCUGUCCAAGCUGCUGGAUAUCUUUGAGGUGGCACCAAACGAGGCCAUCCAAGUGAUGGAAAUCAGCCAGACACGUAAGAGCCUCUACAUUGGCACCGAUCAUCGCAUCAAGCAAAUCGACCUGGCCAUGUGCAAUCGCCGUUACGACAACUGCUUCCGCUGCGUCCGUGAUCCCUACUGCGGCUGGGAUAAGGAGGCCAAUACGUGCCGACCAUACGAGCUGGAUUUACUGCAGGAUGUGGCCAACGAGACGAGUGACAUUUGCGAUUCGAGUGUGCUCAAAAAGAAGAUUGUGGUCACCUAUGGGCAGAGUGUGCACCUGGGUUGUUUUGUCAAAAUACCCGAAGUGCUGAAGAACGAGCAAGUGACCUGGUAUCAUCACUCCAAGGACAAGGGACGCUACGAGAUUCGAUACUCGCCGACUAAAUACAUUGAAACCACUGAACGUGGACUGGUUGUGGUUUCUGUGAACGAAGCUGAUGGCGGUCGAUACGAUUGCCAUUUGGGAGGUUCGCUUUUGUGCAGCUACAACAUCACGGUGGAUGCCCAUAGGUGCACUCCGCCAAACAAAAGUAAUGACUAUCAGAAAAUCUACUCGGACUGGUGCCACGAGUUCGAGAAGUACAAAACAGCAAUGAAGUCCUGGGAAAAGAAGCAAGCGCAAUGCUCGACACGGCAGAACUUUAGCAGCAAUCAGCAUCCGAAUGAGAUUUUCCGCAAGCCCAAUGUCUGAUAUCACGAACAGAGUUUCGCCCUCAACAUGCCGUCAUCGUCCAAUCAGUUUUAGUAAAUCGAAUGCGAAGAGAAUACGAAACCCAGCCAGGAGGACGGUCAAGAACCCAUUA